AUGGCCCCCUCACAAUACGUCUCACUCCCGAUUGCGUCAUGCCUGGCCGUGGACCUCCCAGGGUGCGGUGUCUCUGGGUUUGAGCCUCGAAACUGGGAUGCUUACUCUGCAGACGCCAUCAUUGAGCUGCUCGAGACGGUGAUCGAAGACCACCGCGAUGCGGCGGGCGGGCAAGGCGUGGUUCUAAUUGGCCAUAGUAUGGGGUCGUCCCUCGCUGCCCUGCUCGCCAACCCACGGAAGCCCAAGACAUCACUCCACGAACAUGUUCUGGGUCUGGUUGGCAUAUGCCCCACUGCAGGCCAGUUUCCUCCAGAGCGGGUCCGCAUGAUGCGGGCAGGGCUCUAUAUCCCCGAGUUCAUCUUUAACCUGUGGAGAGCUUGGGACCGGCGCGGGGGGCUCGAGAGUCCGAGCGUGCACCGGUUUGUUGGGGCUGGUGCUGAUGUCGAGACGAAGCGACUCCAGUACAUGUACAACUUUCAAAGCAAGACACCCGUUUGGCGACGAAUGGCGUGGGGCGCGCUGCCCAACUAUUCGAACGGUGUACCUUCAAACGGGAUAGCGACAUUGGAUGUCUGGGCAGGAUUGAACAUUCCCGUGUUCCUGGUCGGCGGGUUGGACGAUCAAGUUGUGCCCCACGGAGAGGUCGACAAGAUUGUAUCGGUUCUCUCAGAGGGCAACUCCGAGGUUGGCUCAGAGGCAGGCGGUGAUGCUGCGAAGAGCAGUAGCGAAGAAAGCAUCCCCGCAAACGGCGGGGCAGGGCUUCCGCAUCUACCUCAGCAUCCGAAAAAAGUCGUGGUCAGCACCAAGCUGCCUAGCCCGGCAGGGCACGGCUUGCUGUACGCGGCAUCGACAGUCCCCAUCCUCGCCGGGCUCAUCUCGGAUUUUCUCUCGACCCACGUUACCGGACGCCUUUCUCUCGGGUGGCAGCUUCAGUAUCUCUGCCGCGACGGGAAAUGGGACGUCAAGAAUCUCGAAAAGUGGCGCAACGUUGCCCCAGUUUCUGGGCCGAUCGGCGGAGUGUUCCGGGCCAUAAAGACGCUCCGGGAAGUCGACGAGGAGCAUUGCCCGAGGGUAUUCGUGGAAAAAUGGGGGAAGGUCAUCAAAGACGUUAUCGACAUAUCACACGACAAUCCCGUCUACAACCCGAACGGCCUUGACAAGGGCGGUGUUCACUACCACAAGUAUGGCACGCUGUCCAAGGUGCCGCCAAAUGAGACGGAAAUCCGCGGGUUCGUCGAGCUGGUGGAUAAGAUCCGGGCAGAGCAGAAGGAGAAGGCCAGGGUGGAGGGGUGGGACGAGGGCUACGCUAUUGGCGUGCAUUGCCAUUACGGGUUCAACCGGACAGGGUUUCUCGUGGCGUGCUACCUCGUCGAGCGGUGCGGGUUCACUGCGAAGGAGGCUAUCGAGGCGUUUGCCAAGGCCAGGCCUAAUGGGAUCAGGCAUGAGCAUUUCCGGGACCGGCUGUAUGUGCGGUACUCGGGAGUCAAGAGCGACGCAUGA